AUGAGAAUUGGACAUUCGAUUUCGCGAAAAAAUCUGGAGACAAGGAGAUCCAAAAGAUGGGCGAGAAGAAGGAAUCCUGAUUCAAAUGCGGUGCAUUUUCAGCAAGAAAAAUACGUAAAAGAACUGCCUGAAGACACCCCAAUUGAAACAAUAAUCGCAUCUGUAAAAGCUUCUCAUGCCUCUUCCCAACCUCUCUACUACUCAAUGGUAGCUCCACAAGAUUCCAGAUCUCAAAAUUUGUUCACAUUGGAUACGAUGAGUGGAGAGAUUCGACUGGCGAAGAGCAUGGAUCGAGAGGUUCUUGAUAAACAUAUUCUCAAGGUGACAGCUUACGAGAGAGUCGAUCCAACUAUAUCUGCAAGCACUACAGUUGUUGUACACGUAUUGGAUGUACAGGACAAUAGUCCGAUAUUCGAAAAGGAUUCUUAUUUCGGAGAAAUCCGUGAAGAUGCUCCGAUUGGUACCACUGUUCUCUCAGUCUUCGCUCGAGACUUGGAUUCUGGAGAGAAUGGAGAAGUCGAGUACUCACUUGGAGAAGGGAAUGGAAAGAAUCUUCUGGCUAUCAACUCUAAAAGUGGAGUCAUUCAAACAGCAGCCCCGUUGGAUCGAGAAUCUCUUUCUCUUAUUCGAUUAGAUGUGAUUGCAAGUGACAAAGGAACUCCGAAACGGGAUUCCAAAGCUCUCGUUGAGAUUACUGUAGUUGAUGUGAAUGAUAAUGCACCGGUGUUUGCUUCUGACUCAUACAAUGUUACGAUCAUGGAGAAUAUCACUCUUCCUGCAGUGAUUGCAACUGUCAAAGCUACAGAUGAAGACUUUGGAACCAAUGGAAAAGUGCAUUACUCAAUGGCGUCAUCAGCUGGAAUUGGAGGUCUUACCAUUGAUUAUUCAUCAGGAGAAGUAACUCUCCGGGAGAGAAUCGAUGCGAAAAACUCACCGAUAACCGUAGUAAUCCGUGCCAAAGAUGGUGCACAACCUGCACUAUCAAGUACUGUCCCACUUACAAUUAACGUUAUUGAUAUAAAUGAUCAUGCUCCGACACUAAUCGCCGCGCAGAAAAUGAUAACAUUGGAGGAGAAUGUUGCGAUUGGGGAAGAGGUUGGAAGAGUUUAUGCGAUUGAUGAGGACUCGGGACCGAAUGGAAUUAUUAGAUAUGCUAUGGAAGGAUCCGAGGACUUCAUUAUUGACGAAGAUAGUGGUGUCAUCAAGACAACAAAACUUCUGGAUCGUGAAACAACUAGUAGAUACUCUUUGAAGGUGACCGCAAGAGACAUGGGGACACCCCCGUUGAAUACAACGACCACUAUGACAGUGGUAUUGAAGGACAUCAAUGACAACGCACCGAUAUUUGACAAGAAAGAGUAUAAUGUAACGAUUUCUGAAGAGAUGCCACGUGGAAGUCAGAUAAUCACAUUGAAAGCAAUUGAUAAUGAUGAAGAUCAGAAGAUCAGUUACCGUAUCGAAGAAGCAGAUCGAGAUGUGUUCAGUAUUCUGGAUAUUGGGGAUCAGGGAGCGAUAUUGAGUGUUUCUGGAGAGCUGAGUCGUCAAGAUCAUAAGAUUCGAGUGGAGAUAUCAGCUACAGAUCAAGGAGGUCUGCAGGGACGAACUGUUGUGAAUGUAUUCAUUGAUGAUGUGAACUCUGCACCGUAUUUCAAUGAUCACCCAUUUUCUGUGAAGAUUCCAGAACAUUCUCCAAUCGGGUAUCCAGUUAUUUCAUUGAAGGCUGAAGACCACGAUCGUGGAGACAAUGCUCGUUUGAUCUACUCUAUCGACUCCAACCAAUUCUUCCGCAUCGAUUCCUCUUCUGGAGACAUAUCGGUGGCUUCUGACUUGGAUCGUGAGGAUCGUGCAACAUUCUCAGUCAUCGUGACAGCUUCCGACCAUGCGACUCCACCGCUUAACACAUCAACACAAAUCGAAGUGAUUCUGGAUGACAUAAACGACAAUGCUCCACAAUUCACGUCUUCAAGUUAUGCGGCCACGAUUUCAGAGGAUAUUCCUGUGGGAACCUCAUUCCUUCAGGUCUCCGCCAUCGACGCCGAUAUCGGCCCCAACGGAAUCGUCGACUACUUCCUUAACGAAUCCUCCUCAUCCCCGGCUAUCCAACUUUUUCGACUCGACCGCACAUCGGGAACUCUUCGUGUCAGCUCCAAACUCGAUAGAGAGCAGUUUGCAGUAAUCGUCCUCCCAAUCUACGCCCGAGAUCGUGGCACUCCAUCUCUAUCUGCUUCAUCCGAAAUCACACUGACCCUCUCCGAUGUGAAUGACAAUGCUCCAUCAUUUGAACAACUCUCGUAUGAUCUCUAUAUUGCUGAAAAUGCUCCGGUUGGCUCGACAGUCGGAACUAUUGUUGCAAGGGAUGCAGAUGAAGGAGAGAACUCGGAUAUUUCAUUCAGAAUCUUUGGAGGGGCAGAUGCGAAACUUUUUGAUAUUGAAGAAGAUGCUGAACAAAACGGAGUUGUUAGAAUCUUGACACGAGCAGAGUUCGACUAUGAAGCAAAAGCCAACAAAUUCUUCUUCGAGUUACAAGCAAGUAGCGGUCAACUUUCCUCAACGGUCCCUGUCAGAAUCCACGUUUCGGAUGUGAAUGACAACAAACCAGUUCUCAAGGACUUUGUGAUUCUGAUGAACCGAUUUGACAAUGUUCCAAUGGCACGUCAAAUCGGCUUCAUCCCUGCUUUUGACCCAGAUCAGAAUGCUACUUUGGAAUACUUUUUGGAGGAGAAUGAUCUGAUUGAAGCAGAGAAAUACACCGGAAAGAUACUAGUAAAGCAAGAAUGGAAACGUAACAUGGAUGUUUCUUUCAAGACUUGUGUAUCUGACGGAGCCAACACGGAAUGUGCCACGUGUAGAUUUAUUCACGUGCUGGUAGAACCUGAUUGGCUAGCUGAAAGUUUCACAUUGAGUCUCGCCCGGAUGACCGUUGAUGACUUCUGGGACCCCAUGGUCUUCCAAAGAUUCCGAGAUGCAAUGUCUACUCUAAGCAAUUGGAAGCCUUCGGAUAUCCACAUCAUCGGUGUCAAACAACAUCUUGAUGACGUCAUCUACGUCAAUCUUGCCAUCACGGACCACGGAAGAGUCGUACGGGGCUGGAGAGCAAUCGAAUUGGUCAAAGAAUCCAUCAAAAAGCUGGAGAAAAUGACUUUGCUACAAGUAGAAGUUAUCAGAGAUGAGUCAUGUGCCAACGAGCCCUGUUCACACAUGGCAAAGUGCAGACAGACUCAGAAGUUUGUCGGAGAGAUGAAGGCUCAUGAGACUGAUAAUUUCAUUGCUCGAACCUUGAACACAGUGAACACAUUUGUUUGCGAAUGUCCUUCUGGAUUUACAAAUUCCGAUGCUCGUGGAGAAUGUGACACCCGUCUCGACGAAUGUUAUCGUGGUCGUUGCUCGAAUAACUCGACUUGUGUCUCCUAUGAAAACACGUAUCGUUGCGAGUGUACAGCCGGCUGGAUAGGUCGCCACUGCGAAAUCUCAGUUCAUGCUCUAACCUGCGUACCCGGAUACUGUAUGUCAGAUUCUCUUUGUGAACUGGAAGGCAACCAAAUGAAAUGUCGACACUGCAAGUAUCAAGGAGAGGAUACAGAUGACAGAUGUCAUCUCAGAAGUGUAUCUUUUGAGGGAGAAGGUCUUCUCAACGUGAAUCUAGACUUGCCACGUACCCAAUGGACCAUGAAGUUUAGAAUUUCCACAAUUGCACACGACGGUGUUUUGGUAUUCACAGGAGACAAAAGAAGCGACUUUGUGGAAGUUUCUAUUAUGGAUCGAGUUCUCAAGGUUCAAUUCUCGUUGGGAGGAGAAAAAGUUGAUGCGAAGAUGGAGAAUGAUGUGGAGAAUCGAGUGAACGAUGGGGAAUGGCAUACUGUAACAGUGGAGUACUCGAAUAAGCAAAUAACAAUGUCUAUGGACGAGUGCGAAACUUAUCCAUCACUCCUCCUCAACUCAUCUCCAAAUUGUGCAGUUCGUGCCAAGCUGAACCUCGAGAAAAAAUGCGAAGACCCAACUGUUCCCUGCUACCGAUAUCUUGACGUCUCCAAUGGUUUGUUCCUGGGAGGAAGACCCGGGACAUCGAAGCAAAUCGAGAAGGCGUUCUCCGGAUGUAUCUCUGAUUUAUCGGUUGACAAAGAAGACGUCGAUUUCUCAACAAUCAAAGAAAUGCACAAAGUUGGACAUGUUCAUGAAGGAUGUCGGCCACGUAGAGAUUUCUGUUCGACUUCUGAAGGCCAGUGUCCUGCCACAACGAAAUGUAUCAAUCGAUGGGGAGGAAGAAUCUGUAGUUGUCCACAGGCACUUCACUCAACGGGAGUGUGUCAGAGUACUUCUGGAACUCAAGAUCUACGUGGACAUUCUUUGUUCGAAGAAGAGUCAUUCGUUCUCUAUCAACCUGCUCAGGUGUCUGUUCCAUUUGAAAUCUCCUUUGAAUUCCGAUCAUCUCGUGCUGAUAUGCAAGUGUUUGCACUAGAGUUCACACAGAGAAGUGUUCAUUACAAUUUGGAAAUCGACGAUGGAACACUGAAGUAUAACAUUGGAGACUCUUCAAUCGAAUUGCCGUCUCCAGAAGUUUCCUCAAAGCAUUGGAUGAAUGUUGUCAUUAAAUUUGAAGCUGAUUCCGUGGCAACAAGUAUCAAUGGAAUCUACUCAGCAGAAGCUAAAGCCUCUAUUUCUGAUAUGAAUCUAGAGAGUUUAUACUUUGGAAUCGCUCCAGGAACCGGCCACCCAUCUCGAUUCGAAGGAUGUAUUCGAAAUGUUUUGGUUGACGGACGAACCAUUUCCGUGAAGAAAAAGGGAAAGACUCGUGCAGGAUGUGUCGUACCGAACCGUUGCUCAGUUGACUCGAUCUGUCCAUCUGAAAGUACUUGCCAUCGAGCAUGGAACAAACACAAGUGCAAAUGCCACAAAAGUUUCGUCGGCGACACGUGUCUUCCGGUGUGUUCCGUGGCAAAUGUCUGCUCUUCUGGAACUUGUGUUGCUUCAAACACAACAACAGGAUACGAAUGUAUCUGCCCCGCAGGCAAAUCUGGAAAGAAUUGCCAACUGGAAGCACCGAAGCAGAUCUGUCCUUCUGGAUGGUGGGGUACUUUCCCUAGAUGUAGAAGAUGUGCUUGCUCACAAACAAAGGGUUAUGAGAGUCAAUGUGACAAAAAGACCGGUGCAUGUAUGUGCAAAAAGAGUCAUUUCUCGACAAUCAAUGGGUGUGUCAAGUGUGAAUGUGGAUUUGGUGCUGAAAGUACAGAAUGUUCAGCUGACGGAUACUGUAAAUGUAAUGGAGAUGCAGUUGGGAGGAGGUGUGAUAGAUGCUCUAGAUUUGAUCAUCAACUCGACUCGAAAACCCUCAAAUGUAGACCAGUAACCGGAAAGUGUCCAUCUGAAAUCGAAUACAGUAUCCAGUGGCCUACAAGUCAGAAAGGAUCAAUUGUCAGACAAUCUUGUCCAACUGGUGAAAGUGGUCUUGCAACACGGAAAUGUCUUGAAACUGGUAGAUGGUCAGAUGUGAACGCCUGGAAUUGUACACGUCCGGAAUAUUCGAUAAUGGUGAACAAAUUUGAUAUUCUGGAGCCAGCUAAGCUUCUGGCAAUGGUGGCGAACGCUACGAAUACAGAGUCAUCGAUUCGUGGAAGGAAUCAACAAAUAGCGGCGGAAGCAUUGAGUCGACUAGUAGAUCAUGAGCAAAGUAUGCCUCUGAAGGGGAGAGCUCACAUCAAGGAUAUGAAAUUUACGGAGAAACUGAUUGAAUCAUUAGGAAAAGUUAUGAGUGAACAACCAGCAGAUGAGUAUUCAACAAUGAUUGCAAAGCUUUGGAGUUAUGCGGAGACGGUGGCUGAAACUCAUGAGAGUGUGAAUUUCUUGUCACCAUUCAUCGUGGCAAAUGAUCAUAUUGUAUUUGCAUCCGACAAACUAGAUUUCGGAAAUAUCCUUCCCAAGUUCAACAACUUUGUGGAUCUCCGUCCAUCUGGCUUCCCGAGAGUUCGUGCCAUUGUAACUGGAGCCACUCAAGUUGUCUACUCAAUUGUUCCCUAUCCAAGAUGUAAUCGAUGUGAAAAUCCAAUGAUUGCUGUAGUUGCCAACACUUCUGACCCGAUUAUUGUGGAGUUCGAAAUCGAAGAAGACGACGGUUGGAAGUAUCCAGAAUGCGUUCGUUUUGAUGAGAAAUCGGGAGCGUGGACUAUACGGGGGGCCACGUUGAUCGGGUUGAACUUGACUCAUGCUGCUUGUGAAUUCAAUCAAGUUGGAGUUUUCACAAUGUUUGUAAACGAUCAGUCUAGUUCUAUAGUCCGAGUCGCCCAGAUGGAUGAUAUGACAUCUCCAGCUAUUGCCGGAGUGGCUCUAUUCCUCUGCUUCCUCUCGGUUCUCCUCACUCUCUCAAGGAAAAGUCUGAAAACUCAUUCAGUCAGAAUCGGAUUCAUCUUAUUCUUUGCCAUCAACGUUUUGAAUCUCUUCUUCGUACACAAAACUGCCAUUAACCAGGCAUACUGUCCAGUGAGGAACGCAAUGCUCUCUUUCACUUCAUCUGCUCCAUUCGCUUGGCUCUUCCUGUACGGACUUUACAUAUACAGAAUGCUUGCAAAUGGGUCUGCUUCUCCGAGCGUAACAACAUCUCUGCUCGUCGGAAUUGUCUUCCCUUGCAUCAUCUCGUUCACCACAUUCUUCUUCACCGAUAACUGCUCAUUAUCACCUCAUCUCUGGCUAUUCUGGUUCAUUAUUCUUCCGAUUGGUCUCUUCCUUUUGCUAUCAUUCUAUGCAGCUGCGACGUCAGUUCUUGUCAGUCUCCACAAAAAAUAUGAUGUCUUCGUGGCAAAGUAUAACGUGAAGAAAGCAGUGUUCCAGCAUUUCAUAUUGACUCUCUUCACCUUGGGAAUGACACUAUCUGGAUUAUUCGCCAACCAACUUCCAUUGCCUGUUGAAGUUGUGGAAAUUUCCCAAUCUGUGAUCUACCUCAUCGCUGCUCUUGUCAUUUUCCUCUGGUGUAUCUGCGACAUAACAACGAAAUCCUCUGAUUCUAAUCCAAAUAUGUGGCUAGACACCCAGAAAUCCGUGAUGGCUGAGUCAACAAUGGCAGAUCCACAAUGUGCUUCUCCACUACUCUCCCCUCAACAUCAUCAUGAAGUAGUUACUGACCCUGACUGGAUGCCAGAUGUGAUCCCGAACAACCAUCCGUUAUCCUCAAUCAAUGAGCCAGACACCCCACGACGUCAUCUGCAACCUCAGAACCGAGAAGUCAUCAACAUCCUCUCGUCUCCAGAUCAAAUUCUAAACGAAGGAAUCGGUCAUGUCUACCGUAACAACAUGGGAUCCCUCCCACGUCUUCGAAGUGCUCAGGACGAAGCUGAUGACGCAUAUUACACGUAUACAGCAUCUAGAAGAUAUAAAAAUACAACAUCCACGUUUCACAGGGAGUAG